AUGAACAGAAAUGGAGAGGAGGAGGAGGUGGCCGAGAAGAGGAGGCAGAGGAGGAAGAGAAGGGAGGUGGUGCAGGUGUCUCUCAGAGGAGGCUGCUUGGCUGCUUCAGCCACGGCUAUUGCGAUGAUGCUGACGGCAACAGAAGAGGGAGUGGCAGACGUCUAUGGCUUCAAGCUCACUCUCUACUCCAACUGGUCUUUCUCUCCCUCCUACCAGUAUGUGGUGGGGGCAUGCACAGCGACCAUGCUCUAUUCCCUGUUCCAGCUCUGUCUCGGUGUUUACAGGCUCCUCACCGGAUCUUCCAUUACACCCUCCCGCUUCCAAGCUUGGCUUUGCUUCAUCUCCGACCAGCUCUUUGGUUAUUUGAUGAUGAGCGCUGGAUCAGCCGGUUCUGGAGUUACCAACCUCAACAAAACCGGUAUCAUACACACUCCUCUCCCGGACUUCUGCAAGACACUUUCUUCUUUUUGCAAUCACGUCGCCCUCUCUCUCCUCUUAGUCUUCCUCUCCUUCAUCUUCCUCGCCUCGUCUUCCCUCUUUAAUGUCCUUGUGCUCUCCACUGCCUAG